AAGGUGAGACAUGUGGGGAGACAGGAGCAAAGGUUGUGAGACGGUAGCCGGCGCCGGCGGCAGUGGGAGAGGGCACCCAGGGCGGCUCUGAAGAGGGGCAGACUCACCCUCACCCACCCACUCACCCGUUCACACACGCGCCCCCAUCGCACACUACAGCCCGCACUCGCCAACACACACACACACACACACAUUCACACACACCCUCCCUCCCUCUCCUCUUUCGGGCUCACCGUGGCAGUGAAUGCCUGCUUUCCUUCUGUGGCACAGCGCCCUGGCACGGGGCAGGAACACUGAGCUCUUCUUUCUCCACUUCCCCGGCGACCUCGCAGAGCCCAAAAGGAAGUGGCCCUGCACCCUGCGUUCCCUGCCAGCCUCCCGGGUUUGGAUUUUUUUUUUUUUAUGACCCAAUUGGCAGGAUUGAAUCCCCCAAUAACUGGAGACAGUUCCCGACCUGGGAAGGUGGUAAGAGGGGAGGGCAAAGUGAAUUCAUCGACAGGGGGUUUAUCAGCAUCAACACAGCACCUUCUAUUCCGUGGGAACUGGUUUCUGGAGAGAAAGGUAGACUGAGGGAAAAAAACAAACAAAAACUUACUAAUUCAGCCAGGGUCCUCUCCUGAGUGCCUGCUUCCCUUCACGCGGUGUUCCGAUGAGAGAGGUGUCUGAAGCGCGGGGAGAGGGAAUAGGUUCGUGGGUGGAAUUCUGUGUUGGGGGAGAGGAUGGGGUUAAUUGGCUGGGUGUUGCUUGGCGGGAAGUUUCGGUGCAGAGGAUGUGGUGGUGUUAUUGCGAGUGGCAGGGACCCGCAGUCAAGGUUGAAGGAAGGACGAAAACCGAGUCUGGGCGAUAGGGGACCUCCUCCCAGCCACAAACACCUCGGCGCAGCGGGCUGGCUGGCGACCGCGCUGCCCAUCUCCGAGAGCCGGGGGAGGAUUGUGCAGCCGACCGGGAGGAGGCGCGGAGGGCGCCGCGGGCGUGGGCUUGACGAAGCGCGAUGGCACAGACCCAACUUGACCUGGGUGUACCUCGACCAGAUUUGUCCCGGGAGCUUCCUGGGACAGCGACCAGAAAUGAUCCUGAGGUUCUGGGCUCGAGUUCUUUUUGUUUGCUUUUUGGUUUUGGUUGUUGUUGUUUCCACCUUAAGAUGAUGCCUUGGUAUGCACUCUACAAUUAAGAAGGGCCUGUGGACGUCGGGGACGUCCACCCGCGCUGGGGGGGUGCGCUGGGGCGGAUAAAGCGGCGCAUUUGCAUCGCGGGGCCGUGGGCUGCCUGACUACGGCUGCCGCGAGCAGAUUAUUUAUUGCGACCGCGCCGGGCGCUCGCUGCUGCCACGCUGUGGCCAUCGCCGGAACCGACGCCAGCCGCAGCCCCGCGUCGUGCAGCCUGGCGCGACUGCUGCGCGGGCCCCUCAGAGGUUCCCAAGCAGCCCGAGGAGAGGGGGGCGAGGGAGGACCUCAGGGGCGGCCUCCCAGGGCCUGACUGGCCGGGAACCUCCCCCGCCUUGGCCACCCCUGACCGGAGCUGGACGCCCGACUAGACUCGAGUCCUGCCGCCAGCCCAGCACCAUGGAGACUGGUUGCACAGGCCGCCUGGCACGUCAUGGCUGCUUCUCUCCAAACUGCGCGUCCCAAGGCGCCCCGGGGGCGCACACUGGUUCGGGAAACGAGCCCGCUGUGGGAUUUUGAAAUCGGAGAUAGCACUCGUGGUCCUGAGGCCUGCAGGCCUGGCUGGCCCUGAGGAGGAUUGGCUAUGGCAAGGAAGGCGGGCUUUGGCUCCAAGCGAAGGCCUGUGACAGGCAGAGGCCACACCUGUGUGCUAUGGGCUCUGGCCUGGGCUAGCGAUCCCGGCGGACGCAGUGGCCUUCAAGGAACCCCCCAGCAGGCCUCUCUCCAGGCCGGCGGAGGUCGAGGAGCUCAGUGGGCAGCCCCAGAAAAGGGCGAAUUGUGAGGCUCUGCUCGCCAUCCCGUCCCCCUCGAAGAGCAGCUGAAAGCUGAGAAAUCAAAUUCUUUCGUUGACUGGGACAAUGAUUAAAUCGAGAAUCCGGGUCAAACCAUAACAAAUACUAAUAACAGUAGUAAACUGCCACCAGCCCCAACACCGUGUGGGACCUGGAGGAAUGAAGCAGAAAUUAUGAAUGUAAACAUUUAUCAACAUCUCCAAAUGAUUAUUUUCAUCUUACAUGAUAAUAACUUGCUUGAAAUCACCAUCAUCUGAUGGUCUUUUUAAAGAAACAACAACUCAAACAUGAUUUUCUUCUAACACAACUUUUUAAAAAAUCCCUUUUUAAUUUUUGACUCUUGAGUUUUCAUUUUCACCUAUCAGAUCCUUUCCCUAAAGAAAUUCGAGGACAAUUUAAAAUUAUAUCCUUUCCUGCCAGGCCCUUAUUUAUAUAUGCAAAGAAGAAACUUUCCCCGCUUCAAUUGACUGGGUCACAGUCAGAAGGCUUCUGGGUGCAGCCCCCAUUGGGUGGGCAGCAGCCGAUUUCGAGGAUGCACCAUAGUCUCUGGGGAGGCCAAUCAUAGCCCAGUCCUUUCCCAAUGUUUUCUCCUUGGGGGAAGUGAGGGGAGAAAUCGAAAAGCAAGGAAGAGAUUAAGGAAGUCGUUGCCAGAUUCCUAGGGGGGCCUUGCCACACACCCCCAAGUCCUGAACCCCAUCAGCCUGCAUUCACCAGUUUUACAGAUCUUAUAAACACCCUCUGGAUAUUCAACCAAAUCAUAUAAAUAAAUCGUUCUUCAAGCUCCACAGAACUGAGCAUUUUAAAGCUAAUUCAAGGGGUUUUACAAGCCUAACAAAUACAGUUGUAAAAAUGCCAUUGAAAAGAUAUCACAUUUACAAAAUGAGAUUGAUCCAUGUGCUAUAAAAGUCAACUGUCUCAAAGGAACACCUCUCAGGCAAGAGAGCGCAGCCCAGGACAGUAUUUUUCCUGUCCUGUUUGGAGAAGGCCAGGCCUGGGGCUGCAGUAAAAGCAAUUCAGAGAAUUUCUGGAGCUGGUGAGACAAACUGUUUCUGGUUCUGGAGCAACUGUGGGUGGCAGGUCCCCCAAAAUGUCCCAGAAAAGGCAGGAAAGGGGACAUCCCAGGACACUGUCCAUGGACAGGCGACCCAGAAACCAAGCACAUCCAUCAUUCCCGCGGCCUUGGGCCCGCAGAGCUGCCCUCUAUGCCCAGCUGGGCCAGGGACCCUGGGUCACCAGCACCUCUGAAAUGAGGACAGAGAUUCCACAUCUGGAUCUGUCUCAUCUCUGAGCUAUCAGGGUGGCGGAGGGAGAGUCUGGCGAGUUGGGCUUGGGCAAGGGGAGCAGGUCCCAGGGCUGGAUUCGGAGCUCAGUCUCACAACUACUCCUCUGUAGGUCCCUUUCUUGUUGAAACCAGUGGUUUCUGCCCUCUCGGUUCCUGGGUUCAGAGGCAGCAGGAGCGGGGCUCACAGCUUGUGAGGGUUGCUUUGAGGCCAGGCAAUCGCUGGCCAUUGGAAGGAGGCCCCUAGAGACUCAAAGGAGACGCGUUGUAUGUGGGAGUAGGGGGCCGGCGGGGGAAGAGACUAGCCUCGUCCUGGUCCUGGUCAGCUCGAGGUGAGCCUUUCCCCUUGGCGGCGAGGCCCAGGCCCUUGGUGGGAGCGGGGAAGGAGAGGAGGAGGUGAUGCCCCGAUUCCUAAGGCGCAGGAGUGAAGAAGGCCUGGUUUCUCAGAGCCCUUCUCCAGCUCCGGAGCCCGCACCCACGCGUAGGGGAGUGCAGGGGGAGGGGCAAACUCAGGUCCCUGCCGGGAGGGCAGGCCGGCCCGGAGCAAAGACAUCCUCGUCACCGCCCCUCCCUGAGCGAGGCUGUCAGGUUUCCUGUUUGGAGAGAAAACCCAGCAAAAUCCAACAAGGCAAAAGGGUGGGGUGGGGUGGGGGGGUGAUAGAAAGAGCGGGCCUGGCCAGGUCUUUGCAUCAGCCCGGACGCGGGUGCCCCUACCCCGGCCCGAGCCGCACGCCCCUGCCCAGGCCUCGCCCGCCACCGGCUUUCGGGAAGAGAGCCGGGCCGGCUGGCUGUGCGCGCCCAUUAAUCUGCCGGGCGGGCGGCGGCGGGCGGGCGGGCUGGGGGCUGUUUGUAACUUUGCUGCCUCGGUCGCCGCGGUCCCCGGGGAGCGGGCUCCGGCGCUCGCUCCCAUUGGCCGCCGCCGCGUCAGCUGGUGCGAUUUGCUGCUGUCGCUUUUGGCGUUCGGCCAUCCAGAAACAAACCAGUUCGAUGACUACUAAUAGUUAUAGCCAGAUAUACUAAUACACAACAAAUCACAGUCCUGCAGAGGGGCGCGCAAAUGAGUUCCUAUUUUGUGAAUCCCACUUUCCCCGGGAGCCUGCCCAGCGGCCAGGACUCCUUCUUGGGCCAGCUGCCCCUCUACCCGGCCGGCUAUGACGCGCUGAGGCCCUUCCCAGCCUCGUACGGGGCGUCGAGCCUCCCGGACAAGACGUACACCUCACCUUGUUUCUACCAACAGUCCAACUCGGUCCUGGCCUGCAACCGGGCGUCCUACGAGUACGGGGCCUCAUGUUUCUAUUCUGAUAAGGACCUCAGUGGCGCCUCGCCCUCGGGCAGUGGCAAGCAAAGGGGCCCCGGGGACUACCUGCACUUUUCUCCCGAGCAGCAGUACAAACCCGACAGCAGCAGCGUGCCGGGCAAAGCCCUCCAUGACGAAGGCACCGACCGGAAGUACACGAGUCCUGUUUACCCCUGGAUGCAGCGGAUGAACUCCUGCGCGGGUGCUGUGUACGGGAGUCACGGGCGCCGAGGCCGCCAGACCUACACGCGCUACCAGACGCUGGAGCUGGAGAAGGAGUUCCACUUCAACCGCUACCUGACGCGGCGCCGCCGCAUCGAGAUCGCCAACGCGCUCUGCCUCACCGAGCGCCAGAUCAAGAUCUGGUUCCAGAACCGCCGCAUGAAGUGGAAAAAGGAAAAUAAACUCAUCAAUUCCACACAACCCAGCGGGGAGGACGCUGAGGCAAAAGCGGGCGAGUAGACGCCUGGGCAGGGACCAGGCCCGCGCCGCAACCUCCCUCAGCUUGCCCCCUCGCCUUCUCCUACUCCCCAACUUUUCUUCCCUGCUGCUCCCAUCCGGGGGGCUUUCGCAGCUUCAGGGGGAGCCCGGCGCUUUGCAAACGUCUGAGCAUUUAUUUCUUACAAGAAAAAAAAAAAAAAAAAAAA